AGCUUCGAGGCAAUGAUGACAGCUAAUUCGAAAACUAGAACUCUAAAUGUUUUGAGCAUGCGCGGAACAGAUACAUCUCAUAGGCCUCGGACUCAUAUGUAUUCAACAAAGGUCGUACAUUUGACGACAGAAAUGGACUGCGAGAAAUUGCCUGAUGGCUUUAGGUUUCCUGCAAUGUUGAAACUAGAUAACGGCGCGGGUUCAAUUGGUGCUUGUGUUGUUGAAAACAGAAUUGAAUUAAAGAAGAAAUUCGGUCAGAUAACCAGCACACUUCGGAAUGAUUCAGACUUUCCCGGAAUUGGGCUAACUCAUGGCAAUUCGAUGAUGACAAUGGAGUUUUUUCGGCGGAACUGAGCAUAAUAUUGAUGUUAUCAUAUAUGAUAGCAAGCUUAUUGCUGCUUUUAUCACAGACGGUGGUGUGGCCAGACGACCCUAUU